UGCAUUUAACUACACAUGAAACCCCAAAGAUAAAACCACUCCCUCCCUCCUCUUCUACUCCAUUUCCAUGAACUCUCUUUCUUCCUAAACUCACUCCAAUCAUAUAUAUUCAUCUUCAAGAAACCACAAUCACACAGAGAGAAGAAACUUAACAAAACUCUUCUUAGCUAAUUAGCUAUGAGAGUUCCUGUUUCCAACAACCAAUUAUCCUUACCCUCUUCUAAUCCUAACCCAAACCCUAAACUCCAUUCCUCUCCUUCUACCAUCGCCUUCAACACUCCCACCACUAUCACCACCGCCUCCUCCACUACCUGUUACGAGCCCACCUCCGUCCUUGAUCUCCGCCGCAGCCCUAGCCCCGUGGCGCCCGACAACCCCCUCUCCUCCGCCGAUGACCGCCACAACAACCAUCCUCUAGAUUGGGAUGAACAAGCUCUUCAUAAUUUGGAUUGGGACUCCAUCAUGGGUGACUUGGGCUUACAUGAUGAUUCCAAUUCUUCUCUAAAAAACAACACUAAUCAUGAUCAUGUUCCUCACUUCCCUGAAUUUCUCCAUUCCCAAUCCUUGGAUCAUACCUCCCACCUUCUUCCCCCUGAUUUCUUCCUCUCUGAGCCCUUCUCAAAUCACCCCCCCACCGUCCUCCAAUCCUUCAAUUCCUUCAAUCCCAACAACCCAUCUCUCGAUUUCCUCGAAGAUCUCAUCGCCGCUGCCGAUUGCUUCGAUUCCAAUGAUUUCCAACUCGCUCAUGUGAUAUUGGAACGGCUCAAUCAACGCCUUCAAUCCACUUCCUCCACCAACCCUCUUCACCGGGCUGCCUUUUUCUUCAAAGAAGCUCUUCAAUCUCUCCUUUCUCCCUCUCCCAAUCGCCAUAAUCGCCUCUCUUCCUGGCCCGAUAUCGUCCAUACCAUCAAAGCUUACAAGGCCUUCUCUGUUAUUUCUCCGAUCCCCAUGUUUUCUCACUUCACCACCAAUCAAGCCCUUCUCGAAGCUCUCAACGCUUCCUCAAUCAUUCAUAUUAUUGAUUUCGAUAUCGGAUUUGGUGGGCAGUACGCAUCUUUCAUGAAAGAGAUCGUCGAAAAAGCAGAGUCUAGGAAUGUUGUUCUUCUUAGGAUUACUGCAGUGGUGCCGGAGGAAUUUGCGAUUGAGAGUAGGUUGAUCAGGGAGAACCUCUGCCAAUUCGCCCAGGAUUUAAAAAUUCGAUUUCAUAUAGAUCUCGUCCCGCUUCGAACUUUCCAGACGUUGUCUUUCAAAUCGGUGAAAUUCAUGGAAGGAGAGAAGUCGGCGAUUCUGUUAAGUCCGACCAUCUUUUCCCGUCUUGGGAGUAUAAAUAGCGUAGCCUCUUUUCUUGGCGACGUGCGGCGGGUGUCGCCGUGUGUGGUCGUGUUCGUCGACGGUGACGGGUGGUCGGACUCCGGCGCAACGUCGUUCAAGAGAAAUUUGAUGGAUAGUCUAGAGUUUUACGCACUUAUGUUGGAGUCGUUGGACGCGGCGGGGGCUAGCGGUGAGUGGGUGAGGAGGAUUGAAACGUUCGUAGUCCGGCCGAAAAUAGUGGCGGCAGUUGAAGGGGCGGGAAGAAUGGCGGCACCGCCGUGGAGAGAGGUGUUCCAUGGGGCCGGGAUGAAACCGGUGGCGUUGAGUCAGUUUGCAGACUUUCAAGCGGAGUGCUUACUUGGGAAAAUACAAGUUCGAGGGUUCCAAAUAGGGAAACGAAAUGCUGAGCUGGUGCUGUGUUGGCAUGAGAGGCCUCUAGUGGCCACGUCGGCAUGGAGGUGCUAACGGUUAAGAAAGAAUGAAAGAAAGAUUCAACCAAUAAUCAAAUUUUAUUAUUAUAAUCAUCAUAAAAAUUGGGGUUAGGGGGUUGGAUUUUUUACUUAAAUACUAUAUAUAUAUAUAUAAUAUAAUAUAUUAUAUAGGGACGUACAUAAAAUCGUAUGUAUCCCUUUUGGAAUUAAUAUAAAUUCCAUUUUGUUUUUUCUAACUGCCUCAUGCAUAUUUCAAUUAUGGUUUUUAUCUCUCUUUUAACCAUCUAAAUGACUACCAAUUGUUUUCUCUAAAGAAGAAUACCAAAUUGUUAAUGAUCAUUCUUUUUCUUUUUAAUUAUUUCA